AUAUCGAUGGUCACCAAUGGCGAACAUCUGACCGGUUCGCAGUUCUUCUUUACCCUCUCCCACUCACUGGACUACCUCGACGCUCUUCACACCGUCUUCGGCGAGGUGGUCGAGGGCCAGGACGUGCUGACGAGGCUCAAUGAGACGAUCACCGACGAGGCCCACCGGCCCUACCAGGACAUCCUGGUGACGCACACCGUCGUCCUCGAGGACCCUUUCCCGCCGAUCAAGGGACUACGAUUGCCUUCCGCCUCUCCGGAGUACAACUUCGAAGAGCUGCUGAAGAGCUCGGCCAGCGACCGCAUCGGCAUCGGCGAGACGCUCGUCGACGAUGACCUCCCCCCGGAGAAGCUCGAGGAGCAGCUGAAGGACAAGGACGCCAAGCAGCGGGCGCUGGUCCUCGAGAUGAUCGGCGACCUGCCCGACGCGGACGUCGCCCCGCCGGAGAACGUCCUCUUCAUCUGCAAGCUCAAUCCAGUCACCAGGGAGGAGGACCUCGAGGUGAUCUUCAGCCGCUUCGGGGCGAUUGUCAGCUGCGAAAUUAUCACCGACGAGCGCACCGGGGAGAGCCUUCAGUACGGCUUCAUCGAGUUUGAGCGACCGGAGGACUGCGAGAAGGCCUACUUCAAGAUGGACAACGUUCUGAUUGAUGACCGGCGCAUUCACGUCGACUUCAGCCAGUCGGUGUCAAAGUUGAAAUGGAAAGGCAAAGGCCGCGGCGUCACCUACGUCAACGACGAGAAUGAGCAGGCGAAUGAGCGCUCGGCGGCGAACUAUGUUCGCUCUAUGGGAGCUAGUGUUGGCGGCG